AUUAUUAUGACCAUGAUAUGGAAGCUCCUAAGAUUAGGAAGAAGACAACUUCACACAAUUAUCUCUAGGGAAACAAUCAAACCCUCAUCACCAACUCCUUCUCAUCUUCACACUUACAAUCUUUCCGAAAUGGAUCUCAUCAACCAAAACUCAUAUACACCAUUGCUUCUCUUCUACCCAAACAAUCGCAAUUUCGGUUUAACCUCUGAACAAAAAGCCACCAUUCUGAAGAAAUCCUUGUCACACAGCCUGACACAGUACUAUCCUUUCGCGGGUAGGUUUACCGCACCUGCAUCAACGUACGUUGAAUGUAAUGAUGAGGGAGUUUUGUUUCUUGAAGCCAGAAAUGAUGGUAAACUGGACACAUUCCAACAUAAGAGUUUGGAUGACGAAAGUUUGGAACAACUUUUCGCUGAUGAACUGGUGUUUAGCAAGAGUACUAGUAGUACAAAUCCAGUAGCGGUUCAAUUAAAUCAUUUUUCUUGUGGCGGGUUGGGGUUGGCGGUUUCUUUGUCGCGCACUAUUGGGGAUGGUUGUACUCUUGGCUCGUUCCUUAGUUAUUGGGCUUCGGUGGCUCGUUAUGGCUCCACGGCUCACAAGAAGGUACUCCCUCUCAAACCUCAUUUCAUUCUCCACCCGCGUAUCCACCCUACUCAUCCGGAAGCCAAAGCGCCCACGAUGAAACUAUCAAAUAGUUUGGUGUCAAAGAUAUUCGUGUUCCCUAACUCAAAACUAAGUGACCUUAAGAACAAGGUCGCAUUUGCCACAUCUGGAUCGAUAAACAAUCCUACAUUGGUUGAAAUACUGACAUCUCUACUUUACAAAACCGCGGUGGGAGCAGCCACCACAAAAUCCGGUUGUUUUAAGCCGUCUUAUUUGUUUUUUAUGGUUAAUGUACGUGACAAAUUUGUCCCUAAGCUACCGAAAUCCACCGUUGGAACUUGUGUGAAAGCUCUAAUGAUAGAAACCCACGAUAUAAGUGAAACAUCCUUAAGUAAGGUGGCGGGAGAUUUAAGGAAAAAGUUACAAUUUGAAGAGAUGCAAAAUGUGCAACAAUUAGUUGAAUACACAAAAGGGUUGAUGGGCAAAUUGGGAAAUGGAGAAUUAGAAAAUGUUGGCAAGGGAUCAUAUUGGUGUUCUAGCUUUUGUGGGUUCCCUUUCAACAAAUUGGACUUUGGGUGGGGAAAGCCCAUGGGUACAACUCUUGCAAUUAGAUUACCAAAAUCUGAAUAUAGAAAUGGUUUUGUGCUGAUGGAUACUGCUGAUGGUGAUGGUAUUAAAGUGAUGAUGGUUUUGGAAAAAGAAUGCAUGGAUAUAUUUGAGAAUGACAAGGAGAUGCUUUCAUAUUGUUUGUAAAAUGAGAUAUUAAAUCUCUUAUAUUGUUUAUUUUGAAAACUCUUGAGUGUGUAAUGUUCAUAUGGUUAUAUCAUAAUAAUUUUACAAAA